AUGGAAGACUAUCUGGGAGAAAAAGCAGCAAAUGUUUACACCAAGAAUCCGAAAUUCCCACCUUAUAUUGCAGAAUAUGUAAUGAGACGUCUUAAAAAAAUAAAAGGCAAUGAAAAUUGCGACAAAUUUGAACUUAUCAUGGACGCUGGAUGUGGCCAGGGCAAAUCAUUAUCAGAUUUUUUGCCCUUUUUUCAAAGAUCCAUCGGAUUUGACAUCAGUGAGAAUCAAGUUAGAAAAGCAAAAGAAAGAAUAAAAUCUGACACAGCAACAUUUUAUGUAGGCAGAGAGGAAUCUAUGCUCGCCGAGGACAAAUCCGUUGACUUAUUACUCAACGUUGGCGCUUUGCAUUUCAUGGAUCUAGCGAUGUUUUUAAAAGAGUGUAGACGAGUUUUGAAGAGUACUGGGCUUUGUGCUAUUUACGAUUCCUCAUUUUCGAGAUUGGAAGUAAAUUUUCCUGUCAAAAAUGCAAAUCAAAUGUCGGCCGACGCUAGUGAUAUUCUUACAAGUUAUCGAACAACAUUACAUUGUCACUAUAUUGAAACCAAGCACCCCUCUGCAGAAUGGUUCAACCGAUAUGAACAGAUUUAUGAGCGAGUUACUGGAUUCAACAAAGAUAGAAAUGAUGACGUAACAUACGGUUUCAAUAUGACACUGAAAGAACUGAAAAUGUUCUUUUUGUCUUUCCCGACAUUCAGAAAACAUCACAAUUUGUUUGAGGAAGAUACUGCUCCAUUGAAUAUAAUGGGAGAAGAUUUGAAGAAACUUGUAGACGCUGAAGAAAUUGAUGAUGAAAAAUUGCAACUUCGUUUCACACUGUCAAUGUUCUUUAUAUUUUUAUAUAAUUAA